AUGGUAGCAGGCGACCAAUACAAGGACUGCACUGGCGCUGCACGCCAGGAAGCCGGAGGGGAACGCAGCUACUCCGUGACACCCAUCCCGUUGCACGGUAAAGCUCCUGCCGACCCGCGGAGCAGGUCCUGGUCCCCUAAACUGCCCCCUGCGGCGUCGCGGCGGCCCCGGCGCCUGGGUCUCAGGGACGGUGGUGUCUUUCUCUUGCAGGAGUCGCUCUAUUCCCUCGCUCUGAAAUGCCUUAUUAGCCUCUCCACGAUUAUCCUGCUCGGGCUCAUCGUCGUGUACCAUGCAAGGGAAAUCCAGUUGUUCAUGGUGGACAAUGGAGCAGAUGACUGGAGAAUAGCCAUGACUUACGAGCGUAUUUUCUUUAUCUGCUUGGAAAUACUGGUGUGUGCUAUACAUCCCAUACCUGGGAACUAUACAUUCACAUGGACAGCCCGGCUCGCCUUUUCUUAUGCUCCAUCCACAACAACAGCUGAUGUGGAUAUUAUUUUAUCUAUACCAAUGUUCUUAAGACUAUAUCUUAUUGCCAGAGUUAUGCUUUUGCAUAGCAAACUUUUCACUGAUGCGUCAUCUAGAAGCAUUGGAGCAUUAAAUAAGAUAAACUUCAAUACCCGUUUUGUUAUGAAGACUCUAAUGACAAUAUGUCCAGGAACUGUACUGUUGGUUUUUAGUAUCUCAUUAUGGAUAAUUGCUGCAUGGACUGUCCGAGCUUGUGAAAGGUACCAUGAUCAACAGGAUGUUACUAGCAACUUCCUUGGAGCAAUGUGGUUGAUUUCAAUAACUUUUCUAUCUAUUGGAUAUGGUGACAUGGUACCAAAUACAUACUGUGGGAAAGGAGUCUGUUUACUCACUGGAAUCAUGGGUGCUGGGUGCACUGCACUGGUGGUAGCUGUGGUGGCAAGGAAGUUAGAACUUACCAAAGCUGAAAAACAUGUGCAUAAUUUCAUGAUGGACACCCAGCUAACUAAAAGAGUGAAAAACGCAGCCGCCAAUGUACUCAGGGAAACAUGGUUAAUUUAUAAAAACACAAAGCUGGUUAAAAAGGUAGACCAUGCGAAAGUAAGGAAACAUCAACGCAAAUUCUUGCAAGCUAUUCAUCAAGCUCGGAAAUUAAGAAGUGUAAAAAUGGAACAAAGGAAACUGAAUGAUCAAGCCAACACUUUGGUGGACCUGGCAAAGACUCAAAACAUCAUGUAUGACAUGAUUUCUGACUUAAAUGAAAGAAGUGAAGAUUUUGAGAAGAGAAUUGUUACUCUGGAAACUAAACUGGAAACUUUAAUUGGUAGCAUUCAAGCUCUCCCUGGACUGAUUAGCCAGACAAUCAGCCAGCAACAGAGGGAUUUCCUCGAGGCUCAGACACAAAAUUAUGAUAAGCAUGUUGCCUACAGUGCUGAACGAUCACGAUCUUUGUCAAGAAGAAGGAGAUCAUCCUCCACAGCACCACCAACUUCAUCAGAGAGUAGCUAGAAGAGAAUAAGUUAACCUCAAAAUAAAGACUUUUUGCCAUCAUAUGGUCAAUAUUUUAGCUUUUAUUGUAAAGCCCUAUGGUUCUAACUGGUGUUAUCUGGGUUCUGAUGUCAGAAUCCUGGAAACCUGAACAUGUUUUAGGCCAAAAUGAGUGGAAACUCUUCUUUUUUCCCCCCUCCUCCUUUCAGAUGCACAGUGAAUGCACCUAUUAUUGCUAUAUUAGAUUGUUCCUCCUGUAAUUUCACUAACUUUUUAUUCAUGCACUUCAAACAAACUUUACUACUACAGUAUAUAAUAUAAUAAAAAGGUUAAUUUCUGCACAUAGUUGCUUGGUUACUUGGAUUUAACUAAAAAAAAAAAGCUCACAAUCGACCUAAUUAAAAACUUCUAAGAAACAAAAUUGAAGCUUAAUAAUUAUCGCUCAUUAUAACAACUAAUUCUCUAAACUUUGCUUGCAGUGGAGGGGGAAAAAAAUUAAUACUCAUCUAACAGUGUGCUGUAUAUAUAUAGUUAUUUUAAAAGGUCACUGACAGCUUCGGUUACUGAAGUGAUUAAUUAAAAACAUAGUUUAUCCUAGAAAAUAAGUUAUGAAGUAUGCUAUGGGUUUUUAAAAUCUUCUUAGGUCUUUUGUUUAACAUGCAUUUUUACACACACACACACACACGCACACACACACACACACAGAUAAUAUAUAUACAUACAUACGUAAGUAUAUAAAAUUAUUUAUGCAAUGCCCAUGGCAAAGAUCUUUUAAACUGACUAUUUGUAAAGCUACUGGCAUGCCAAAAGCACGGGUAAAGACCUGUUCAUUUAUUCAGACUCUCAUAAUUAUGCCAGGUAAGUAUGUCCAGACACUUUCAAGCUGGAAGUCUCCCGUUAAUGCUGUUUGGGGUUUGAGUGUUAGUUUGCUAUUUUCUCCACUCUCUUUUUUUUUAAUGUUUCUGGAGUGAAUGACUGACAUGUAUACAGUAUACGCAAUUGCGUGAUGUUGGCGCAGUGUUCUGUAUACAUUAUAUUUGGGUAAUCCCCAAGGUUAGCAAGACAUUUAGCAAUAUUUUCCAAAAAAACCCUGCUAUAGACUGGAGUAAUGGCAGUGGGGUAUCUUGUCAUACUUUACUUUCAUACACAAAUAAUAAGGUGUCCUUCUUUUUUAAAAAAAACACCACAAAGCAUAGUGUAUACAUUUGUGAAAAAGUUCUGGCUGAUUUUUGUCCUGGUUUAUAUUCCAGAGUAGCAAAGCUGGGUAAACUUAAAUACUCAGCAGAUGCAACUUCCUAAUUAUAAACAGAAAAUUAUUUGACUUUAUGAAAUAUUUUAUAGUACUUGCUAUUAUGAAAUAUACUAGUUCUAUCCCCCUCUCCAAUUUACAGACAAGGGUGACACUAUAGCUAAGUAAAACAAGUAGGCAUGGCUGACUGUUUCCAAGAAAUACUAACUUCUGCCUAGAAGGCACUAACAUGUAUGUUGAAGGAAAUGUUGAUUGCUUCAUGAGAUAUUGUGAGUUCUGGUCAGUAGUGAUGGGCAGGGAAGAUAGUAUUAGUGCAGAAAUUCAGGGCAGAGCCAUGCUGGACAAAAUACAUAAUUGAUGAAUAUAAGUUAGGUCCAGACUCAUUGAUUGUUUAUGAAAAGGUGAAGAGUUUGUCCAACACGUUUUACGUCCUUGCAGAAGACAAUGACUCUGCGGUAUUUUUUCCCCUAGAUGAGCAGAAGAGUUGCAUGCCUUUGGAGUGCCUUGUUUACAGACUGUGAUAUUUUGUGAUUGGAAAUAAUAAGCAAUAUGCACAGUAUUUGCAGUUCCGCUUUUGUUUUUAUUAAGUUCAUUUCCAAAGGAAAAUAUGGAUAUUACAUAGUGCUAAUAUUGUGCUAGCCCAGUCCUAAACUAGAUGACAUUUUGAGCAGUCGUGAGGCCAGCUACUUUAAACUGUUGGCAGGAUUAGGAAGUAGUGAUUAAUAAUAUUGGAAUUUAAUAGUCA